AAAGCGAAGAGAAUUGCUGAUGGGAAAAUAUGUGCGAUCAAAUUUAUCCGAUUUCGCAAGUCCUCUCUGGAAAAUGGGGUUAUAAAACUGUACGACAUCGUGUCUCCAGACGUCAAUUUAUCCUUAGAGUAUUCCAAAUUAAACCCUAUCUGUAUGAUUAUGGAAUACGUUGA